AUGGGAGAAAGGGAAGCUAGAGCUAUUUCUAUUCUCGAAAGACUGCAAAGUGUUGAGCUUUCGCAGCGGGAAGGUGCAAUAGAUGACCUGCUUUCGAAGUGGUCGGAGGUUUUCAUGGAAGACCUCGUAUCUGAGGCGCGCUUCUGGCGUGAAGUUCGCAAAUAUGGCGCCUUAGCAAUCAAGUAUGAGACACUGAUACGCGAAGAGUUGGACAUAAGCCCCAGCGAAGACUACACAUCGCCUAGCGCCUUGUCGCCGAGCGGCUUAGAUUACAACUACCCAUUCCUUGUCGAAAGAAAGACGACGAAGGGCGAAAGGGUGCUCUUCCCGUCGUUCUCAAUCUUUGUCAAAGCUAACCCAGAGCUGACAGAGAAAGAAAGAAAUCAGGCUCUAGGGCUUGUGAGCCGCUUGGAACAAGCCAUUAUUAACGCCGGCGAUUUCUCCCAGAUGCCUCGUACUACCUCGCAGGACAAAGAGUAUGACUCUCUUGACAUUUGA